UUAUUUUUGGAACCGAGUGGGAUCUGAUCGCCUUGUUAGGUCUGUUAUAACAUUUCCAACACCCCCGUCUAAAAGGAGAGAGGGAGAGAGGGAGGCAGGGACUGAGGAAAAGUGACUUUCCUCCCUUAAAUCAUUACAAUAAUGCCUGGCAUGUCGGCUGAGAGAUUACAAUCGGAUUCUCCAAAAACCACGUAGCCAAGAUCAACUUUGUUUCCCACCAGAAUCCAAAAAUCAAACCGAAGAAGGAAAAUAGUUGAAGAAGACCCACAAUAUAUAUAUUUUUCUCUUAAAGGCGCAGUUCUUUUUUGGUGUUUAAAUGGCAUAAGUGAAGUCGCGUUGUUUGAACUUUUUGAGAGCUUUGGAAAGAUAGCAGCCAGAGACUGUAAACAGUAAAACUAAACUAAACAAACACUCAUUUUGAGUGCCUAAAAGCAACUACUUUUUAAAUGUAACAUUUUCUAGGGUUGUGAAAAAUUGGCUAUUUGUUUAUAACAUUUUGAUUAUUAUUUAGAUAAACCGCAGUUUAAUGAUGUCAUAAAAAGAAACAAACACACAAACCAAAAAGUAAAACAAUUCAACAAGUCAAUGGUUCUGUCCUGUUGGCUACCGAAUUAUGCUGAGAUAGGAAACCACUGUAUAUUGGAAUUAUUAAUUUUGGUCUUUAAAUUUGCAUUCAGUUAGAAUUAACGCAGUGAAAAAUAGAAGCCAUGAGUGGAGGUCGCUUUGAGUUCGAUGACGGUGGCGCUUACUGCGGGGGCUGGGAAGGGGGUAAAGCUCACGGACACGGUAUCUGCACCGGACCCAAGGGGCAAGGCGAGUUUUCCGGCUCCUGGAACUAUGGCUUUGAGGUAGUCGGAGUGUACACUUGGCCCAGUGGAAAUACUUACGAGGGCUACUGGUCUCAGGGCAAGCGGCACGGCCUGGGUGUUGAGACAAAAGGACGGUGGGUUUAUAAAGGUGAAUGGACCCAUGGGUUUAAGGGAAGAUACGGAACCAGGCUAAGCCAAGGCAGUGGUGCAAAGUAUGAAGGAACCUGGAAUAACGGGCUACAGGAUGGAUAUGGUACAGAGACAUAUGCAGAUGGAGGAACUUUUCAAGGCCAGUUCACAGGUGGGAUGCGUCAUGGCUAUGGUGUCCGGCAGAGCGUUCCUUAUGGGAUGGCGGCUGUGGUCCGCUCCCCUCUCCGCACCUCUCUCACCUCCCUGCGUAGCGAGCACAGCAACGGCACCCUUCUGCAGCAGGACAUCCCUAUCAUCACCACGACCCCCGCCUCCCCCAGCCAGGACGCCCCCCAAGUCCCUGUCUAUGCGAUCCCCACCCGUGGGGGAUUCGCCCUGACCCUCCACGUGGAUCCAGAGACCACCAAACCCAAGAAGAAGGGGCUUUUUCGUAGAGGCUCCCUACUGGGGAAGCUGAAGAAAUCCGAGUCCAGGACCUCUCUCUCCAGCCAGAAGAGCAAAAUUAGCUUCCUAAAGAGCGAGUCUGGCCUCAGCUCUGCUGCCAGCGACGCCAACUCCACUAUAAGCUUUGGGGAGGGGACCGAGGGAGGAGAAGACUUCCCGCCUGUGGAGUCGGACAUCGACGCCACCACCACAGAGGUCUACACUGGGGAGUGGAAGAACGACAAGCGGUCAGGGUACGGGAUCAGCGAGCGAUCCAGUGGGCUCAAGUACGAAGGGGAGUGGCUGGAUAAUCAGAGGCAUGGAUACGGCUGCACAACGCUCCCGGAAGGGAGGAAAGAAGAAGGCAAGUACAGGAAUAACAUGCUUGUGAAAGGGAUGAAGAAGAGGGUAAUACCCCUGAAGAGCACAAAGAUACGACAGAAGGUGGACAGGAGUGUGGAAGGAGCUCAGAGAGCAGCAGCUAUUGCCAGGCAGAAAGCAGAGAUUUCAGCCUCAAGGACAGCUCACGCCAAAGCUAAGUCGGAAGCAGCAGAUCAGUCGGCCAUGGCUGCCAACAAUGAGUCGAGCAUCGCCAGGGUAGUGUCCAAAGAGCUGUCUCCAUCAUUCUACCAGCCAGGUCCUGAGUAUAUGAAGAGAAGAAUACUGCAGGAGAUUAUUGAGAACACAGGGAAUGCGGAGAAUCCUGAACAGGAGGCACCAUCUGGAGAGGAGCCCCCACCUACCCCCCCAGACAGCCCGCAGCUUCACGAGAAGGAUAGUAUCGAACGAGGCUCAUCCCCAGCCCCCACCCCUUCACCCAGCCCCACAGGAACCCCCCCGGAGGGCAGGAGGUCGAGGCAGGGCAUCCUGAAGGAGGGGACCAGCCUCCUGAGCCCCGGGAACUGGAACGGUGAUCAGAGCAGCAGAGGUGGAAGCCGGGCAGGUAGCCGUCCAAAUAGCAGGCCGAGCAGUCGUCCAAACACUCCCUCUAACAUGCUUAUCCUUCCGGGAGACGAGAGGUCAGCCUCCAGUAGCAGAACUCCCUCCCGGACCUCAAGCAGGCACAGCAACAGCAACUACGAGACGGAGCUCAAACCUCUUCAGAAGUUUGGCGCUCCAGAGCCUGUUCAGAGCUUCCACAGUUAUCCAGUAAGGACCACAAUUAUAUAUCCAUCCGAGCAAGACGACGAGCCAAUCCCUUCCCCUAAAGUGCCUUCAAAGCCUGCAACCCCCGAACCAAAAAUCGAAAUUAAAGCCAGAGAGACAAAAUUGGAGAUUCACAAACCAGUGGCUGAACCACAGCAGGCAGCAGAGUCAGAACCAGAGCCUGAAGCCAAACUGGUGCCAAAGGAAGACCGCAAGCCAGCGCUCAAGGUGGAACCCAAACAUCUACCUCUGGCUAAAGCAGAACUUACUCCCCUGGCCAAACCCGAGCCAAAACCGGCAGCUAAGCCUGAACCCAAGCCAGUGGUUAAACCAGAACCUAAGCUAGUGGCUAAACCAGAAGCAAAGCCAGUGGCAAAACCAGAAUCCAAGGCUGUAGCCAAGUCUGAAGCAAAGCCAAUGGCCAAGCCAGCUGCAAAGACUGAGUCUCAGUCAAAGGCUGAACACAAAUCUAAGACUGUCGCCAAGACCCAUUCUGAAGCGAAGGAUAUCGAUCAGGGACCCAACACUAUUGUGAUCUGCAUGGUUAUACUGCUGAACAUCGGUUUGGCCAUUCUCUUUGUACAAUUCCUAACUUGAGACACAGGGAAUCAGAGAGAUGAAUGAUGUCUUCCCGCAGUUGUGUGCCUUCCCCUUUAAGAAAGCACAUGAGGAGAAGAGAACCUUAGAAAGUCACUCAUCUGACUGCACUUUAAGACUGAUACUUCGGGAUUUUUUUUUUUUUUUUUACUUCAGUAGCCUGUGUGGUGAAUUUGUUCAUCCGAGAAGAUUGAAUUGGAGAUCUUAGAAACAUUGUAAGUCGUUUAAAACUAACAGCUGCCUUUCCAUUGUGACAACCAAAGUUUAUAGACACUUGUCUGCCAGUGAGACUGGAUGCAACACAACAGACAGACAAACAAACAAACAAAAAUGGGUUGAAAACGUAUUUCUUGCAUAUGAAAAACCCUUUAAUGACUGGUUAGGUUUCUACUAAGAAUGGGUAAUUGUGUAUGUGAAAAGGAGAAAGACAGAAUGCAUAUUCUAUAAAACAGGGUUUACAAUCAAAAGCAAACAAUUAUAGAUUUUAGUUGUUAUUUAUUGCUUUAGAGUAUUUGCAUGGUCAAUUAAUAUAUAAUUAUUUCAUUUAAAUUAGGUGUUCUUAAGAGUACCAGAGGUACCAUUCAUCCAAAACACUAUAAAAACUAAAAAACCUUUAGGCCAAGUGGACAAAACAUUUCUGCUGAAAUGCAAUACACAUCUGUAACACCUCUGUACUGUAAUUAGAUAAUGGCUCAGGUUGGCUUGAAUUCUAAACACUGAUUUAUAUAGUCUGUGUGCUACAUUGGUGUUACUCUGAUUGAACUGAGUACACUUGUAUAUACUGUAUGUAUGUAUGUAUGUUUAUUUUGGUUUUUAAGUCAUAACAAAGCCAGUUCAUGGCAUUCUGUAUGCAUGUCAUCUUGAACUAAUCCACAUAAAAUUGCUAACUUGCUGCUGCUGAUGCACAAUAAUGGUUCCCGGGAAGCAACAUAGACACAUUGUAAAGGUUGUGUAUUGUACAUGCAGUCAUUAAAGGGUUAAAUACAACAAGAGGGGCGUCCUUAUACAUCCAAUUCUUACCUGCAUAGCACCCAGAAAUUGCAAUAGCGGUACAGCUUCAAACGGUCAAGUGUAUUUGAUUGGCUUGUAUUCAAAAUAACAAUUUAAAUAAGACAAUGAAAGGGUCUAUUUUAAUUAUCUAAACAGUGUUAAAUCUUUAUGUAUUGUCACCCCUGCUUUAUUUAUUCCAGUGUUUUUUUAAAUUGUACUUAGAGACUAAGGGGUUACAUCUAAUGAAACAAUUAAAACAUGUCAUGCACCAUUGUAUUUUAAUUUAAAGUCUGGUAAAAUACUAGACAAAAAAGUUCUUAGUUUGCAUGCCUUCUUUUCAGAUAGUCUGUUUCACUUCCUAGGUUAUUUCACCUCAGUAGGGGAAGCAGAUUGUCACUUAAGGACAGGAAAGAAGACAGGUGGAAGAGGUGGGGACAAUUUUACUCUUCAGGUGAAAUGACCAAGGAGGCGCAACACUACCUGUAAUAAGGCAUAUAGAGCUUUCUUUAACUGGCAAUAUUUAGAUGCAUUGCUGUCUAUAUUGUUAGAAUAGACCCCAAAGUGUAUUUUAUAUACAUGUCACAAAACAGUAAUUAAUAAUGUUUUUAACUGUAUGUAUUAAAGUAGAAAAAGAAAGAAAUACUCAAGAUUGUUUUUACCAGAUCAUUGUGUUUUAAUGGUUAUAUGCUGAAAACUAUGUUUUGUACUGUUACUAUGCAACGGUUUAUGCCUGUCGUUUUGUUCAGUUUUAGUUUUUUUCACUGAUUCUUUUUUUUUUCAGAAGAAACCUUUAUUUUAAAGCGAAAGCUCAAACUGUAUCGGUUUUUAAAUUCAUAAAGAGGUCUUCCACUGUAUCUGCCUGGUUGGUUUCUUCCAGAUUUUGUAUGCAUGUAUGCACUUUGUAGCGUGUGUUUCUGUAUCUUUUGAAAGGGUUUAGCUUUAUUUAACAUGAGGCUAGUAUUCAGAUGGCUUUUCUGUGAAUGGAAAUAGUAAUAAAACGGAUUGUUUUUGCUAUAAGAAGAGAUGUGAAGUUACCUCAGUCUUGCAUGUUGUUAGCAGUGAUCAUUAGUAUGUUUCGAGCUCCAGGUCUUAUAAACUACAGUAUAUGAAGUGACAAACUGCUCCAGUAUUAGAGUCAUGCGCGCCACAGGAUGACCUGUAUGUGUACAUCAGAACUCACAAUGGUUUUGCUUCAGUACAAAGCUGGCACCGCUUUCUAUAUGUAAAAUGUAAUUUUUCAUGGUUGUACCCAAACAGCUUCCAAGAAAGUCCAUCAUAAAAGAAGCAGUCAGUCAGAGUGACUAACGUCCCAAGUGUCAGUUUUACAAUGGGCUUCUCAAGCUGUAUACUCCUAAUUAUCAUUAGUGACAGUUCUUUCUGUAAGGAAAAUAAAACACCAUCUUAUAAUGAUCAUUUUUCAGACUAAGCUUCAGACUAUUUGGAACCAAUUUGUACCAUCUAAAAAAAAAAUAAACAGUUAGUUACAUAACUAUAGCAACAUGCAACUUAAAUUAUUCAUACACAUUUUUUAUUACUUGUUUUGUAAUAUUCAUUGUAUUCUUUUAAAAAAACACAUUUUCAUGUAAAGAACUUGAUAAAUCUCAGAUCAUGGACUAGAUUCUCUCUCUUUUUUUUUUUACUCCAAAUUGUUAAAAGUUAAGGUUACAGCCUUAAAACUGUUAUAUAUAUAUAUAAUAACUGUCACUGUGAAUCAACUAAAGGUAAAGGUCUAUAAAAAGAGAAGGUUAGGAAAAUGUUAGGGUUUUUCGGGCACCAUUGGGAACUAUUCUGUAUUAAUGUGGUUGAAUGUGAGCAUGUGAGGAAGUGGUUGUUUCACAGGUAGGCAAUUCAAAUGACAUCCACAAAACACUGUGUGCUUGCAGCCCCUUUGCUCAAUGCCUUUGCCACCUUGCUCUCAAUUUAAAAAAAUGUAUUGCUGCGUAGUGUGUGUUUUCAAAGACAAGAUUGGCUAGAGACUGGGUGCAAUGAACUAUCAGAAUACAUUUUAAAAAGCCUUGACUUGUGACUGUAUUUGUGGUAUUAUUUACAAUUCAUAAUUGUAUCACCCAUCAACAAAAUUAUAUUUUUGACACUAUUUAAGAGGAAUAAGGGUACAUUGUGGAGACAUGUCUGAAAUCUGUAUGCUGUAAAAACUGAUCCCGCACAACGGAGCCAUUUUGCAAAUAAAGAAGUGGUUGUACUAAUUUCCAUAAUAAA